AAAAUAAAAAAAAAGACCUAAACCCAACAACACCCCCAUUUCCUCUUUCUCUCUCUCUCUCUUAUUCUCUCACAAUCACCAAGCCCCUCCUCCUCCUCCUCCGCCCCUCUCUGAAACUCGAAAGCUCUACCGUCUCUUAUCUUCUCUCUCUCCUAGGGUUAGGGCUUUCGCGGCAAUCGGAAUCCGAUGGGGCAGCAGUCGUUGAUCUACAGCUUCGUGGCGCGUGGGACGGUGGUUCUCGCCGAGUUCACCGAAUUCACCGGCAACUUCACCAGCAUAGCUGCUCAGUGCCUCCAGAAGCUUCCCGCCACUAACAACAAGUUCACCUACAACUGCGACGGCCACACCUUCAACUACCUCGUCGAUAAUGGCUUCACGUACUGUGUAGUUGCAGUUGAGGCUCUUGGUCGACAAAUUCCUAUUGCCUUCCUUGAGCGAAUCAAGGAGGAUUUUACCAAUAGAUAUGGUGGAGGAAAAGCUGCAACGGCAGUUGCAAAUAGUCUGAACAAGGAAUUUGGGCCCAAGCUGAAGGAGCAUAUGCAAUAUUGUGUGGAUCACCCCGAGGAGAUCAGCAAACUUGCUAAAGUGAAAGCUCAGGUCUCGGAAGUCAAAGGAGUUAUGAUGGAAAAUAUUGAGAAGGUUCUUGAUCGUGGGGAAAAGAUAGAACUUCUGGUAGACAAAACAGAGAACCUUCGCUCACAGGCACAAGAUUUCAGGCAGCAGGGAACCCAGAUGAGGAGGAAGAUGUGGUUGCAGAACAUGAAGAUCAAGCUGAUAGUUUUGGGAAUCUUAAUCGCCUUGAUUCUCAUCAUUGUUCUAUCUGUUUGCAAAGGUUUCAACUGUGGUGGAUGAAUCCGUAGACUCUUUUGAGGAAUUUGGUGGAGUUUCUACUGCUGUUAUCUACAGUGCCGGUCUACGUCUUAUUAUUUUUGGUUACACACUCCACCGUCUGGCAUAAUUCCUAUAUUGAAAGACAGCUUGUAUAGUUUGUAUCCGUGAAUUCUUUUCUAUAUUAGUCUCUUGGAUGUGUGAAUGGUUUUUGAUUCCCUUUGUUCCAUUGAACUUGCGCUGUAGCAGACAGAGAGAAAUGGCAAAUCAUUGUGAUUGGUUUCA